UAACCUUCACCUACAUUCCGCAUCUCGCAUUCCCUUCGCUCUAUCUCCCCUAUAGUUAUUCACAACUACAAUUGCAAUCAAAAUGGUAACUUGCAGCAAAAUGUGGCGAGAUAUGCAUCCCGCUCCUACGCUCAACUCCGCGGAGGCUCCAGAAUUCUUUCUCAACAAUGUCUUGUUUAACGACCUUAAGGUUGACAAUUCGAUUUGGAAUACCAGCUAUCCGUUCUCCAUGUUAUCCUUGGCCACAUUCGGGAAGAAGUACACUAUCGAACAAGACUUGAUCCAAUUCAACCUAGGAGGUUGUGCUGGUAUACCUGCUACUCUCGCGUCUUGUGACGUGCAAGAUGGUGAUUCUCUUGUUGACCUCGGAGUUUCUGAUCGUGAAGAUGUUUGGGCCUACUUCUAUUGGCCAGCUUACCCAGGGGUUGUCUUCCCCGCGAAUCUCCGUCACGCAUCUCCGUACACUCGUCAAGAGCUCGCUGAGAACAUCCUCCGUUGUAUGGAAGACUGGCACCAGCACAUGGUCUUAUCUGAAGGCUGUAUACGUCGUUGCAAGAUCAAGCCCUUAGCCUUUGAUUCCUGGAACCUUUCGUCAUUUGUUGUGGACGGCCUCUUGCCAUUAGACGAUGAAAAGAAGCAUUACCUCGUAUGCGUCACUUGGGGAAGGUAUAACAAUCAUCCUCACGAAUAGAGCUUAUGAGCGGUGCCGUCGCUCCAUUACUCGGCUUGACCUCC